AAGUAGAUAAGCGUAGGUGUAUAAGUUCUAUCAAAGCCAACUCAUUGUGACAUUGUUAUUCUCCUUAGUAAGUGUUUUCAGUGUAACAGUAUAGUGUCAAGUUUUGGAUUUUAUUCCUUAUCACUAGAAUCCAUUACAGUUAUAAACGAAGAUUAAAAGACGUUUGUUUCAUUGCAUGUAAAUGGAUUGUUUAUUUUUUUCGUAUACGCUAAACAAAAUGUUUCUUUUAAACAGUUGCUAAGGUAAACUUAAGAAUUUUCAAAUUAUAUUUUCACCGCAAUUUUCUUUUUGGCUAAAACAAGUAAAUGAAUGGUGAACAGUGUAUAUUGACAACUGAUCUUUCAAAUGAUAAUAAUAAUCAUAAUCAUAAUGAUGAUGAUGAUAUGAAAGGAUCUAAUCCAAUUAAUUGUAGUCUUACAAAAAGAAUCAAUUCAACAACUGAUAUUGAUAUAAAUCCAGUAAAUUAUUCAACUUAUCAAUCAGAUCCAUUAAAUUUUCUUUAUUUCAAUGAUAAUAUAACAUGGUAUCCAAAUAUAUCAUCAUCAACUUAUUGUACACAAUCAUCAACAUUAUCCACAUUAACAUUAACAUCAUGUUCAUCAUUAACAAUUCCAUCUUCAUGUAUUAUGAAUACAACAGUAUCGAAUGGUAUAAUACAUUUUGAUAAACAAGCAUAUCAUUCUUCUUCAUCUUCACCAAUUUGGUAUCAUAAUAAUACUAAUAAUUUAACAACAAAUGAAUUAUGGUCAAAUAUUGGAGAAUAUAGUGAUAUAGUUGAUAAGAUAAAUUUACAAUCUGAUGAAUCUUCACAUCAACAUCAUCAUCAUCAACAACAACAACAACAACAUCCACAAGAACAGCAACAACAACAUCAGUUGGAUACUAAUCAAUCUCAACAUAAAUCGAUUGAUAAAAAAAUUGAUUUUAUUCAAUCAUAUGAUAAUCCUCUUAGUUUAAUUGAAACAUUAUCACCAUUAACUUUAUCUACAAUAACAUCGAAAGUAACAUUGAAUACAAAUGAGAAAAAUGAUCCAAAUCAAAUUCAACGUUAUUUUACAGAAACUUUAAAUAAUCCAAUUAUAUCGAUUGAUGAAACAUUAAAUCAAUCUAUGAAUACGAUUACUACAAGUAAUAUUAGUAGUAGUAUUAGUAGUAUCAGUAGUAGUAAUAGUAAAUUAUGUCAAGAUCAUGAGUAUUCAGUAUGUUUAUCAGAGAAUUUAACAUUUUUACCAACAUAUUCAACGAAAUUAUUUAAUGAUUCACAAUUAUGUACAGAAUAUUUCAAUUCAGAAAUUCAUCCUCCUCCUCCUCAUCAUCAUCAUCAUCAACAUGAUCAUCCUCAUCAUCAUUUCCCUUAUAAUCAACAUCAUUAUACACAAUUUCAACAACAAUAUCGUACAUCAUCAACUACAGAUUAUAUACAAUUAAAUCCUAGUGAACAAUCACAUCAGUUACAAAAUAAUCAAAAUGAAAUAAAUUUAAAAAAGCAGAUUAUGUCAUCAUUAUCAAUUACAUCAUCACCAUCAUCUUCAUCUUCAGCAUCAUCAUCGUCAUCAGCAUCAACAUCAUCGAGAGGAUCUAAUGUUCCAUUACCAGUACCAGCUAUGAUAUAUCAACAUCAACAACAAUUACAACAAUUAAAUAAUCAUUCAAAUUUUUUACAAAAUUCAUCAAAUUUAUCUAAACAAUCAUGUCAUCCAAAACCACCAUAUUCAUAUAUUAGUUUAAUUACUAUGGCAAUACAAAAUUCAACAACACAUAUGUGUACAUUAUCAGAAAUUUAUCAAUUUAUUAUUGAUUUAUUUCCAUAUUAUCGACAAAAUCAACAAAGAUGGCAAAAUUCAAUAAGACAUUCAUUAUCAUUUAAUGAUUGUUUUGUUAAAGUAUCACGUAGUCCAGAUAAACCAGGUAAAGGUUCAUAUUGGACAUUACAUCCAGAUUCUGGGAAUAUGUUUGAAAAUGGUUGUUAUUUAAGAAGACAAAAACGUUUUAAAGAUCCAAAACGUGAAAUAAGUCAUCGUACUCAACGAAAUAAUAAUAAUAAUAAUAGUGCUAGUAAUACUAUUAAUGUUAUCACAUCUUCGACAAUAUCAACUGACAAUAGAAAUACAAUAGAUGUUAAUUCCACUAGUGAAAAUACUAUUUUACAUUCAACCAAUGAUCUUUUAAUAUUACCAACUGGUAUAAAACGUACAUAUUCAAAAACAGAUUGUAAUCCGUUAUUGAAUGUCGGACUCAAUGAUCAUAUAUUGUAUAAUAGGAUGAAACCAUUUCCUAUUGGUAUUACACCAGAUGCUAGUGAAGUGUAUGAUGAAGUAAAUGACGUAGAUGAUAAUGACGAUGGCGGAGAUGGAGAUGACGAUGAUGAUGACAGUGAUGGUGAUGAUAAUGAUGAUGUUGGUGCUAACUUAGAGGAUGAAGAAAUCAAUGAAGAAGAAUAUGAUGAUGGUGGCUAUGGUGAUAACGAAGGAGCCCAGCAACAACGACAACAACAACAACAACAGCAAAAUGAUCUCAGUAGAACAACUAACAGCAAAGAUAACAAUUUUAUUGGAUCUGAUUUAAUGAGUAAUAAACAAAUGGAUCAUUCAAUGAUCGAACAACAACACCAAUAUUACAAGUCUCAACAACAACAUCAUCACAAUCAGCAAUCGACCUCACCAAAAUCUAGACAGCAUGUAAAACAUAAUGAAACUAAGAUUACAACUGAUAUAAUUGAAGAUAUUCAUGAGAAAUCAACAAAUAGAUUUAAAUCAUCACAAUUAUUUCUUUUAAGUCCUUAUGAUAGUCGAGAUUCAACAAGAUACAUUACAGAUAUCAUUUAUCCAGAAAGUAAUUAUGAGCAGGUGAAUCAUUUUGUUAAUUAUAAACUUCAUCAACCAUUUCAUAAUCAUCAUCAUCUUCAUUCUAUUCAACAAUUUGAUAAUAAUUCAAAUAAAAUUAAUUUUAAUAAACAACAAUUAUUUACUUGUACAACGACUACUACUACUACUACUACUAAUAGUAGUACUACUUGUACUAGUCAAAUCAGUAGUAUACAUACAAAUAUGUUAGAUUUAUAUAAUCGUGUUACGAAUUCACCAUCAGUAUACACUAGAAACAAUUCAUUAGUUGAAUAUUCAACAAAUGAAUUACGUAAUAGUCAAUUGGAUCAACAAUUUCCAUUGAAUUCAUUUCAUUUAUCACAACCUUUGCCAGUUACAUUACAUCAUAAUUCACAAGUAAACUUACCAACUGAAUUAUAUUAUGAUGAUAAUAUUGAUUUUAGUAUACGUCGGUAUAAUACAAUGAAUAAUCCAAUUAAAUGUACAAAUAUUACAAAUAUAUUAAAUAAUAAUUCGAUUACUACUGUCUCUAUGAAUACUACUACAACUACCACUACUACUACUACUACUGCUAAUGCUACUAAUAGUAGUACUAAACCUACCAAUAAUGAUAAUUAUCAUGAAGUCAUUAUGAAUAAUUUAACUUUGAUGCCAACAGUAGGAAAAUAUUAUACUAUGAAUCAUAAUUGUCAACAAGGUGAAAAACAGUUUGAAUUAGAACAUGAAUAUCAUACACAACAACAAUAUCAUUACAAUGAAUAUGCGAAUAUUCAACAAUCCAUGUUAAUAAAAUCAAAUGCUACAAUAACACCAUCUAUGACAACGUUGACGACAACGACAACGGCAGCAACAUUACCAACAUCAACAAUAAUAUCACCAUAUUUAAGUCAUAACUAUGAACAUAUAUCAUUGACUGAUGAAAGUCCAUAUAUUUCAUGUAGUGAAGUAUCGUUUACUAACUCAUUGAAUGUACAUAAUUUAUCUAACAUAAUUAAUGUUUCACAUGUAGUAACACCAUCGGUUUCAUUAUCACCAAUGUCAUCUUCGUAUAUGCCAUCUUCUUUAACCUACUCUAUGUCAUCAUCAUCAUCAUUGUUAAAUAUUCCAACUGGAAUUAUUUCAUCUAAUUCUUUCCCUUCCACAACACCUUCAUCAUUAUUGUCAACAACAAUGAUAUUCACAAAUCCUUCAUAUGUGACAACAUCUGAAUCAUUUCGAAAUUUUCCUUCAGGAAUAUUAGAAUCAAAUACAUGGAAUACAAACUAUUUACAUUUAACAGAACAUAAAGAUAAUUUAUUAAGAUUUAGUAAAGAUAACAAAGAAAUUGAACAUCAUCAUGAUCAUUUAACUAUUCAAUGUCCCAAUAAUAGUAAACUAACAAAUGAACACUCUAAAGAAUGUAUCAAUAGAAAAAUUGACACUGAAAUUAAUAUCAAUAACAAAAUUAUUGAUGAUAAUGGUGACGUUGGUGGUGAUAAUGAUGAUGAUGAUGAUGAUGACGACGAUGACAAUGAAGACGAUGAUGAGGAUGAUGAAGAUGUUGGUGAUGAUGAUGAUAAUGUUAAUGAUGAAGAAGUAAUAAAUCGUUCUGACAAUCCAAAUAAACCAUUUUCUAUAGAUCAUUUAAUGCAUUUUCAAAAUCCUGAUUUAGAUAUAACAAAUACAACAAAUACAUUAUUACAAUAUGCUACAAAAACAGAUAUAUCUGUAUUUGAUAAAUUAAGAUCUUCAACAAUAUCUAUCAAUGGUAGGUGAGACAUUUCAACAUCCUUAAAGAGUUAUAGUGAGGGAGAUGAGCAAAAUAUUCAUGAAUUUCCAAUAAUAGUUCAUUCCCAAAAACAGCAACAACAACAACAACAACAAUCGUUUCAAAGUCAAAAAUCUUUUAUUAUGACAUAAUACAGAAAAAAAGAAGAAAAUUAUAAACAAAAUGUUCUUAUCUAUUGAAUCUUCAAAUUUAUUGAUUAAAAGAAAAAAUAAAAGAAAAAAAGAAGAAAGAAAACUCUUUCGAAAAAACCGAAUCAAUAAUAACAUUU